AGCUUAACGCAGUGUUUGCCGCUGUCAGUGCUAGUUGUCUUCGUGCCGCAUAAGGAGCUAGAGCUUUGUAACGCGUUUUCGUACCGUAGUGCGCCGUGUUUACUGUUCAGUCAUGCACGUUCGGCUUGUGCCCUUAUAACUUCGUCAAUUUUUUAUUACUGAACCGAACUUUGACUUUUCAUUUAGUGGUUUGGAUUAAUACAAUUAAAUCCUGUUAAGAUGAUGAAACACGUGCAGCUUUCUCCUUAUAGGAGUAGAGCUGAUACAGUGUCCUUAACGUCCACGACCAGCUAUGGAAGUCUGAGUCCAGAACCACUCGGAAGCAGGUCUUCCAGUUACUCGUCAUUAAAUGAGUCUGGGCCAACAACGACGAUAAAAGUUUACGCAAAAUGUUUACGUCCCGAUAUCGAGUACAAAACUUUAAGUAUAACUUACCAAACAACGUGUGGAGAAGUAGUUUCAACACUUUUGGGAAAGUACAAAAUGAAACACAGAGAUCCGAAAUUGUUUUAUUUAAGCAUGGAAGUAACUGUAAGAAAAGCUGGCAUCAGGACUCAUUUAGCUCUUGAUACUGAAGCAAAACCUGCAGUUCUCCAAAGUUGUCAUCCACGUGGAGAUUCAAAAUUUUCUCUGCAAACUAAAAGAGGAGGCCUUGUAAAAGUUUACGACUCCGUGUUAAAUACCAAUUCACAAUACAAAAGCCUUCUAAUCAGUGCCCAAACCACAGUGGACGAGGUCAUUUCUCUUUUACUGACAUGUUACAAUAGCAAAGAGAGGGUCGAACAGUUUUCUCUUUAUGAAGUAUGUCCAGAAAAAGAACAACAACGGAAGCUUCAUCCGGAUGACCGACCCUUGCAAGUACAACAGAUGUGGUUACCAUCCACUCAAUGCCAUUUUCUAGUAAGACGCAAUCCCGAAUAUAAUAUGCCUCUUUCAAGACGUAAGAUGCUCUGGAUUCACGAUCUUCCACCAAUACCUCAGUCACGAACUUCACAACAACUGCAUUACAGGUCUCAAAUUUCAAAAUCACAGUCAUCGUUAUUACCAACGAAAAAGAAUAUUUCCGAAGAAAAAGAUGUUAAUAAACGCAGAGAACAGCCUUCUGCGAAGCUAACUAAUAGUCCUUCGUAUGCAGAUUAUGAAAAUUAUUUUUAUAUUUAGAACUUAACGAAUCAUCAAGAAUUAAAAGACUAAAAGGAGUAUUGCACUUAUUUAUCAUUUUGUAAUAUAGAACUGCAUUUAUUCAAAAUUUAAAACCAAAGACAUAUUAUUACAUACUGUAUUACCACUUUUCAUUAAAAAAAUGUGUACUAUUUGUUCGUAUGUAAAUGUGUGCGUGCUAGUGGAUGGAUGUAAUUUUGACUUUUCUGUGUUGAAUAUUUCAUAUCUUAUUAGAUUGUAAACUCGUGUCAUAAUUAUAAGGCAGUUGACAAGUAAUUUUUCAUUUCGUUGCUGUUUUUUGUGUAAUUCAAUUAAUACCAUUUAUAUCGCGUCGUAAAUGAGUUAAUUCGGUUAAUAUUUACUUAUGUAUGUGCAAUCAUUUGGCAAAUAGAUUUUUAGUUUGACAUCGUAAGCCAAAGAUUAUUAUUGUUUUCCAUUUUGUAUAUAUAUACUGUGUGUAUUUGUAAUAAAGACUAAAGCUUC